CUGGCGACCCCGGGGCCAUGAUCAGCUAUAGCUUCGUGUAGAUUCACAGGUUUUCAGCCGAUACAGCCUCCUCAAAAUCUGUGUGACCGCGUUGGCCCGUCCUAGGGGCAUGGCCACUCCUGCGGUUGGAGCCGCAUGGUCUGCCUUCAGGUCAUCUCGUAGAAGCACGCACGUCUUGCACAACCGCGUUGGUUGGUUAUGAACUGAGACUCCCUUCAUAUUUAAUUUAGUUGAUAUUGGCCAAUUGACAACCAACGUUGUUGUCAUGAUAUUUUCGGAGACUGCUUUGUUUGUCAGGUCUUGGCUUUGCCUUCUUUUCCCAGCAUUCGGAGUAUUUUGCGGAAGGCCGGUCUCCUUGUGGAGACUCCCUGAUGUUCAGAGAGAAGACAGUCGCGUAGAACUAGCUGCCACAGCCGCACCGAUUGCGAGAAAGAAAACAGGUUCAGCACUCACCAAAAGAGUGCCACCACCUUCUGUCAAGGUGACCAAAUUGAAGAAGGGUGAAAGAUACCGAGGGUAUAUCAACCCCAGACUCAAAGCACUUGUCGAGACAUCUGAAUACCGAAAAGUCGUAGACCUCUUGGCAAGACUAGAGAACGAGGGGCAGCUAGAUCGCCUCCUCCUUUCAGCAGAGGGAUAUUGGAAAGAUCUCAACGUCUUUGAGAUUUCUCAAGUGGAGAAAGAAGAAGGACGACGAGCAGUCGCAAAGAUUAUGCGAAGAGACUGGUCCAGGA